GGAAAGACUCGGUCAGGAUUGUGGGAAGGAACAGAAACAGCCUCUCAACAUCACCGUCAAGCUCCAGACGUCCAGCAGCACACCAGCACCACCUCCAACCAAACCAUCGGCGCUCCACCGGGUCCGUUCACCGGCAGCGCGCAGAGAGACCAGGCGAAGCGUCCUCGCCGCCUCCUGAGCAGACACUGUCCGAUCAGAGAGAGAGAGAAAGAGAGAGAGAGAGAGAGGAGAGAGAGAGAGAGAGGGAGGGAGAGAGAGAGAGUAGUUUUCUCUGACAUUAUAGAGACUCAUACCACGUACUGUAGCUUACUUUUUUCCUCCCGGCGGCGUCCUCUGCUAAGUUGCGCUCCUGGAUUUUAAGUGCGUCUUGGCGAAGUCCGUCACCAUCCAGCAGCGGCUUCAAGCUCCCUGUCACCCGGCCGGACCCAACCACCGGCGGACCGCUUGUUCUGUCUUUCACUUCAGCCGGACAAGAUUUCACGCGGAAUAAAGUACGGAUGCUGGAAUCUUUGAGUUGAUUGGAACAAAUAGAAACCAGAAAAAGAAAAGACAGAUAAAGAAAGAGCAGAAGAGUGAAGAGAAAGAAGAAGAAAGAGGAGAGUGAAGAAGGCAUAAAGUUCUUUAGAAAGAGGAGAGAAAGAAAGAGACGGGGACGAUGGGGAGGAAAAAGAUUCAGAUCACGCGGAUUAUGGAUGAACGCAACAGACAGGUGACAUUUACAAAGCGAAAGUUUGGCCUGAUGAAGAAGGCGUAUGAGCUGAGUGUGCUGUGUGACUGUGAGAUCGCCCUCAUCAUCUUCAACAGCACCAACAAGCUGUUCCAGUAUGCCAGCACAGACAUGGACAAGGUCCUGCUUAAAUACACCGAGUACAACGAGCCCCAUGAGAGCAGGACCAACUCCGAUAUCGUGGAGACAUUGAGAAAGAAGGGCCUAAACGGCUGUGACAGCCCAGACCCCGACGCAGACGACUCGGCGUUGAGCAAGAAGGAGAACAAAGGCGGCGAGAGCCCGGAGCUCGAGUCUGCUCUCAUCCUCACCCCACGCACUGAGGAGAAAUACAAACAGAUUAACGAGGAGUUUGAUCACAUGAUUAAAACUCAUAAGAUACCUGCCGUGCCCCCAUCGAACUAUGACAUGCCCGUGUCCAUUCCCGUUAGCAACCAGAACAAUCUCAUUUACAGCCAUCCCGGCGGUUCCCUAGGCAACCACAACCUGUUGCCACUGGCGCACCAUGGUCUACAGAGAAACAGCAUGUCUCCCGGAGUUACUCACAGACCCCCCAGUGCAGGUAAUACAGGUGGCCUCAUGGGUGCUGACCUCACCACUGGCGCAGGCACCAGUGCUGGAAAUGGAUACGGGAACCACCGCAACUCGCCAGGCCUGCUGGUCUCUCCAGGUGGCAUGAACAAGAACAUGCAGGCUAAGUCUCCCCCACCCAUGAACUUGGGCAUGAACAACCGCAAACCUGACCUACGUGUGCUCAUCCCUCCUGGUGCCAAGAACAACAUGCCCUCCAUCAACCAGAGAAUAAACAACUCUCAGUCUGCUCAGUCAUUGGCCACCCCAGUGGUAUCAGUAGCAACUCCAACUCUACCAGGACAAGGCAUGGGCGGAUACCCAUCGGCCAUCUCGACUUCUUAUGGUACCGAGUAUUCCCUGAAUAGCGCAGACCUGUCCUCCCUGUCUGGCUUCAACAGCGGCAGCUCCCUUCACCUCGGCUCGAUGAGCGGGUGGCAACAGCAACACCUUCAGAAUAUGCAGCAUUCGGCCCUCGGCCAGCUAGGAAAUUGCUCUAGCUCUCACUUAUGUCAGGGUUCAAAUCUCUCCCUGCCCUCUGCUCAAAGCCUGCACAUCAAGUCCGAACCUGUUUCUCCUCCUAGAGAUCGCACCAGCAGCACACCGGGGGGCUACGGUGGCGGGGUACCGCCUCCCCAGAACCCCUCGUCCCGCCAGGACUCGGGACGCUCCCCUGUUGAUAGCCUGAGCAGUUGUAGCAGCUCCCACGAGGGCAGCGACCGCGAUGAGCACAGGAAUGAGUUCCACUCACCUCUGGGACUGGCCCGGCCCGCCCUGGACGAGCGCGAGAGCCCCUCCAUCAAACGGGUGCGUCUGUCAGAAGGAUGGGCCACAUGAUAGCUCUGUCCUCUCCCCCGGCAGUGCCCCGAGUUGCCCCGAGCCCCCGACAACGCAGCGUUACGACGCCCCCCAAGUCAACUCCCUCCUCUUCCUCCUCUCACUCGAUAUCACGAGUCACUCACCACCCAACCCCACGGCCUCCCUCCUCUUAUCUCUUUAACGCUGAAGGAAAGAAAAGGGACAGCCCUUUUCAAAAAUAUGUUUGUAAUUUCUUUUCCUUUUUUUUAAUUUUCUUUUAUUUUGCUGAGUGUGUGUGUGUGCUAUACAUAUUGACAUUAUAUAAACCGGCGGGGUGUUGUA